AUGGGUGAAAAUGAGAACUUUGAAACAAAUUACAUAUGGAAAGUGGGCGAAGUAGCCAUAGCCUGGCUGUCCAAGAAAACUUACGCAAAAGUCACUGUAGUGAAGGACAAUCGUGGCCAUUUUCAUGGUGAUAAGGGCGUAACAGUGGAAGAUGAUGGUUCUACGGAGAAAGUGAAAUGGAAGAAAGAACUUUGCUAUCAUGUUGAAACUUUUGUCACGAAACAGAAACUUUGGAUUCCAUGGACUUGUUUACGUCUCGCGGAGAGGUGCAGGCCGUUCUACGGGCCUAGCAGAGUGGUCAAACCGAAGGGCAUGGUUACUAAAACUAGCCCUGGGACGGGGUCUGUGAAGAAGGUCACUAAGGUAGAUCCCCUGCUACCCUUCAAUGUGAAGCCAGACCACUACAAGACCCCUGACUUUAAUGCCAAAUAUGAUCAGUCGCAUCAACCACUCAAGCAGGGAAAAGUUGAGAACUCUUUUAAGGAGUUUGUGCGGAGGGGAAAGGAGAUGUUCUUUGAUACAUAUUACAAGGUGCUGAUGAUGGAGAAUACUAUUGAGAGCCGGGACACACUAGAAUAUCUUCUGCAAGUGGACGCCAGUACUGAAGACAAGUUCGACUUGGUCAUCAAGAACAUAAUGACGGAGAGAGAGAUAGAAGAUUACCUGCACCAGUGCUGGCGAUACAACUACGUGCAUAAGCGACUUCCGGCGAACGCCGAAAAUGAUACAGGAGAGAAUACACCAGUUCGAAAAGUAGCUCCUAUAUCGUGGUGCCUCGUGUGCGGGAGUAAUGAGGGCAGGCGCCGCGAGUGCCCGCGCUGUCCUGUCUCGUACCAUCCCGCCUGCCGCAAGGAAUGGCUCGUCAAAAUCAUACAUCGAAAGAACCCACCAAAGAAGCCACAGAAAGAGGCUGUUACCAUCUCCAAAGUCCUGUCCAGUACCCGGAUCCUGACCACCAGUUCCUUGGUCCCAGCUCAGCUGCGGGAUGAGUUACCCUGCCCUAGCUGCAUGUGGGGACCCAAACCAGGGUACGACGACGUGGUGUGGCACAAGCUCGGCAGCUGCGCGUGGUGGCCGGCGCGCGUGCUCACGCCGGGCGACGCGCCCGCCUGCCUGCUGGCGCGCCGCCACGAGCCCACAGACUACCCGCUGCGCUACUACGGUACGCUGAACCACUCCUGGGCCCGCAGCAGUCAGAUGGUGUUAUUCCUGCCCUCGCACGCCACUCGCACCGGCGACUCGUUGCUCGCACAGGCCUUAAUGGACGCCGCAGAUGACUAUAUCGCCGUCUACCUUACAUAACUUCAUUCUACACGAUAGUGGUGUGUUUUACCACCUCUCGCACGCCACUCGCACUGGCAACUCGAUGGUCGCGCAGACGAUUAUGUCGCCAACUCGCCAUAUACCUUACAUAACUUCAUCAACACGAUAUUGCCGUGUUAUACCACCUCUCGCACGCCACUCGCACUGAUCAAAAUGGACGCAUCGGACGAUCAUAUCGUCGUACCUUACAUAACUUCAUCAACUUAGUUAUGUAACACAACAGUGUUAUACCACCUCUCGCACGCCAUUCGCACUGGCGACUCGGUGCUCACACAGGCCAUAAUGGACGCCGCAGAUGACUAUCGCCGUCUACCUUACAUAACUUCAUUCUACACGAUAGUGGUGUGUUAUACCACGUCUCGCACGCCACUCGCACUAGCAACUCGAUGGUCGCGCAGACGAUUAUGUCGUUAACUCGCCAUAUACCUUACAUAACUUCAUCUACACGAUAUUGGUGUGUUAUACCACCUCUCGCACUGAUCAUAAUGGACGCAUCGGGCGAUCAUAUCGUUGUACCUUACAUAACUUCAUCAACUCAGUUAUGUAACACAACAGUGUUAUACCACCUCUCGCACGCCACUCGCACUGGCAACUCAGUGCUCGCACAGGCCAUAAUGGACGCCGCAGAUGACUAUAUCGCCGUAUAUCUUAUAUAACUUCGUCUAUACAUUGUGUUAUACCAGCUCUCGCACGCCACUCUCGCAUACGCAUUAUGGAGCUUAGACACUGGUCCCACUACAAGCGAUAAAUCCGAUAAGCUAUCGGUGAAUGGAAACGAACAAAAGAUAGCUCCCGUGGAAAUAGAGAGCGAGCGAUUUAUAGUUAUCGCUCGGCGGCGAACUGUAACUCGCUCGCGGUAUCAUCGCGUGUCUUAGCUCAUCGCUUAAUUGCUUCUGGUCGGACCAGUGCCUUUAAAGCACACCUCUGACACUGACGAUCAAAUAUAUGAAAGAGGCGCGUUCCUAGCACACAGUCUAAGCUCGUGUAGGUGAACGCGUACUAUGCUUGUAUAAG